AUGUGUCACACUAACUGUUCUUCAGGCUGCCAGCCAUCCUGCUGUGUGUCCAGCCCCUGCCAGCCAUCCUGCUGUGUGUCUAGCCCCUGCCAGUCAGCAUGCUGUAGGCCUGCUAUAUGCAUUCCUGUGAGGUACCAGGUGGCUUGCUGUGUGCCUGUGAGCUGCAGGCCCACUGUAUAUAUGGCCCCUUCCUGCCAGUCUUCAUCUGGAUGCUGCCAGCCCUCCUGCCCCACCCUGGUCUGCAGACCUGUCCCCUGCAACCCCUCCUGCUGCUGA